AUGCUAGAAGUUAAUUUCGAGCAAACUUCACAACAAGAUAAGCCUUACUGCAUUGCCAAGCAUAGACAGAGGAGGGAGAUAAAGCCGCCAGCCAGGUAUAGCCAUGUUGCACAGUCUAGUCAUACUGAUUUUAUUGCUUAUGCUUUGUCUGUAGCUCAAGAGUCAAGUGACACUGACGAGCCCUCUACACAUUCAGAAGCAAUUUUUGAUAUUGAUUUUACUAAGUGGUUAGUGGCUAUGCAUGAAGAGAUUGAGUCUCUGCAUAAGAAUAAUACUUGGGACUUGAUAAAACCACCUGAAGGAAAGAAGAUUCUUAGCAGUGAGUUUGAGAUGAAAGAUUUGGGAGCAGUCAGAAAAAUUCUUGGUAUGGAGAUUCAACGAGAUUGGAAGGCAGAAUUGCUUCAUUUAACUCAAAAGAAGUAUAUUGAGAAAAUUUUGGAGCGUUUCAAUAUGAAGGAUGUCAAAUCGUCUUAUGUAUACAUGAUUUGUACUCGUCCAGAUAUUUCACAUGCAGUCAAUGUUGUUAGCAGAUAUAUGUCUAAUCCUAGUAAAGAGAAUUGGCAAGCAGUGAAAUGGAUAUUUAGAUAUUUGAGUUGGAAAGCUUCUUUACAGCCUAUUGUUACUUUAUCAACAAUAGAAGUUGAAUACGUUGCAGUGACAGAAGCUAUUAAAGAAGGUGAUGCUAUUGUGACUAAGAUUGGUACUGCAGAUAAUCCAGCUGAUAUGUUGGCAAAGUCUCUUCCAAUUGCCAAGUUCAAGCAUUGCUUGGAUUUAGUUGGUGUUUGCAGCAUUUGA